AUGCGGAAAAUGAUGACAAUGAAUGGUGCACUACACCCAAAAGGAGAUGAGGAUAGAUUGUAUGGUCCCAGAGUGAAAGGUGGGCGUGCACUGAUUAGCUGUGAGCGUUGUAUAUGGAGUGAAGAAAACAACUCGGGGUGGUAGCUUAAGAAUGCAACAGAGGAAUUGUUAAUAGCUGCAAAAACUGUUGGUGUCAUUGGAACUGAAGAAACUGUUAGAAAAAUGGAAUUUAGAAAGUGGUUAAGGAAAUGGAAGGAUAAAGCAAUGCAUGGACAAUUCCUAAGGGAUAUGCCGGAAACUACAGAUGCAGAACAGACUUGGAGUUGGCUUAUAUCCUCUGACUUGAAGGUUGAAAUGGAAGCCUUUAUCUGUGCAGCACAGGAACAGGCUCUCAGGACUAAUAACGUGAAACAUGACAGUGAUAGGACUGCUGAGUCACCGUUACGUAGAAUGUGCAGUGAAAGAGAGUGUUUUUCGUCUAGAAACUGAGUUUUAAAAGUUGGCUGAGAAGGAAUAUAAAAGAUGACAUCAUAUCAUAG